UCAAAGCGAAGCCUCCACCAAACACUCUUCCAGUCUACGUGUUCAACGCCAUCGCCACUUUAUUUAACUCCAAUUUCUAGAUACCAAAAAGAAAAGAAUCAAUACCAAUAAAACCGCGAAAAAGAUCUCGCUCCAUCUUCUCUUUAGCCUUCUCUUCUAUCACUGAUCUGUGAACGAUAAUGGGUGGACCGAUCGUGUUGACUCAGUUAGCCACGGGUUUGAGCGUGCUUGCCGGGGCGGCGCUCGUGAAAUCGGUCAUGGACCAGAAGCCCAUGGCUGGCCAGUUCCCUCGGUGCCCUAGUUGUAAUGGCACGGGUCGGGUUACGUGCCUGUGUAAUCGCUGGUCUGACGGAGAUGCCGGUUGCCGGACCUGUGCCGGGUCGGGUCGUAUGGCGUGCAACAGCUGUGGUGGGUCCGGGACUGGUCGACCUCUCCCUGUUCAGCUCUCUGUACGGCCACCGAACCGCCCGUCUUGACUGAAUUGAACCGGUUUUUGCUGCCGGGGAAGUUCAUAUGGGUACCAUUCCUCUCAUACUUUUAAUUUUUUUUUAUUUUUAGAAAAUUCAAAUAUGUACUGUAAUUAGAAAGUGAGGGAGAUGGAAGAUUACAGGAUUGUAAUCUAAAAUUUCUAUGUAACUAUUUGAUACUCAUUGAGAAUUCUUAUAAAAUUUUCUUGAGUUUAUGGU